CUCAAAAUUUUCACCUCAAGUAAUUUAAUUAUUUUUAUAACAAGAAAAAUAACAGAAGAAUAAAUAUGCUCAUAUGCUCGUAGAUUUAUAGUGCAUAUAAAAACAUUUUUGACUAUAGCUGGAAACCAUUCAAUAUACAGGUCUGAAGGCAUUUAAAAAACAGUUUUUUUCUGCUUCACUCUAGUUCAGUCUGCUCUUGGUUAUUUUAUUUAGCUUAAUUUUUUCUUCUAGAUUUGAUUUCUCAGUUCCUUGUACGCCUUCCUUGUUCUUUGUAUGCGGUCCAUCCAGCAAAACUCUGCCAGUAUUUAGACACCUCUCUUCCUCUCGGUCCUCACUGGUCUGUGCUCCUUCCUGCUCUGGCUCCCAGUAUUCUCCUUCUUUCUUCUUCUUAUUGCAAAUCUUCGUUUUAUUACUAUUCCAUCAAAAUCUCACCAUCAACUUGCCGCCUACGUUCGUCUUCAUUUAGGUCCAAUCAAUACGCAAAUAACUGGCAAUUAAAAAAACAACAACAAAAAAAACCUAGUUAUGCAAAAAUACUUUACAAAAAAACAAGCCCGUGGACCCAAAAGGGAUUGACACGUAUAUCAGCUCUAUUUGUGGGAAACAAAAAAAUAAUCCUUUCUCUCUCUUACAAAGUUUUACUGCUCGGUUUAUCGCUCUCUGAGGGACAACUUUCCUGUUUCUGCCCUCCUAUAUUGAUCCUGAUGCGUGUUGACGCGCAGCUGUCAGGUCCUCUCUCCUCCAAUCAGCUGGCCCUCUCGCUCUGUCGUACGAUGCUCUGAUCACGGCGGCUUGUUUUCAUCAUUUCCCAGCUCCAUCCAGCGGCUCUGUGCUCCACUCCGUGGGUGAAGAAGGAGCAGAGGCAUCCUGGGAAACAACAAUGAUAACAUUAAUAAUGGACUGCGCACCGCCAGGCUGUCCUACGUCCCAUCCUUGAUCGACGCUCUUCCCUGCGAAGCGAGGCGCGGACGUUGCGAGGAGGAGCGGCUUUGUCGGAGGAUAGACGGAGGACCGACGCAGCCUCUCUCUCCUCUAAAUAAACGGCGUCACAUGCCGCUGGGAAGCGCUUUAUCGCUUCAGAUGAGAGGAGUUUGGGUGAACGUCGCAUCCCGCAGGAUUUGGAGCAGCGCCGGAGAGCGGCAUGCCCGCAUCACAGGACGUUUUGUAACGCGUCUGUGUCAUUUCCUCUUGAGUCAACCUGGUCAGCCUCACUUUGAAGACUCCUGCAGCCAUGGGUGAGGAAAGCCGCCUCUCUCAUCAGAUCCAGAGCGUGGAGAGGAGCGUGGCGUUCCUCAGGCAGGAGCACCUUACUCUGCUCCACGGCCUCCACCUGGAGAUCCUCUCCCUGCAGAAACGCUGCUCAGAGCUGACGAGUGAGAGGAAAUCGAAUCCUCCAGGCAGGACACAGAUAGAAUUACUCGAGGAAGAGGAGAUGCUGGAGGCUCGCUGCAAGGAGCUGGAAACGCGUCUGGACGAGCAGGAGUACACUCUGGGAGAGUUCCGGAAGGAGCUGGGUCACAAAGGAGCGUUGGUGGGAGCCCUCAGAGCCAAUCUCAAGGAAAAGGAGCGUCACUUCCUGGAGGAACUGAAACGGCGCAGCCACUGCUCCACCGUCCUGAACACGGAGCUUCAGAAGCAAACGGAGGCGGCGGCAUACCUCUCCUUCCAGCUGCACGCUGCCAAGCAGAAGCUGCAUCACCAGAGGAUGCAGCAGAGGCAGGGACUCCUGGCCAGAGCCAGCAGCCAGGGGGUCCAGCUCGGAGCCGAGCAGAACUCCCCCCUCCCAGGAGCCUCCCCGUCCUCUCCUGUGGUCAAACCCAAGCGUAAGAACAUCAGGGUGUCUUCCAGAGUGGAGCGCGCUCGGGAAUGCGUUCCCAUAGAGAAAGUGCUGGGCCCCGCGGAGCCCACAGCCAUGCCGGACCCAGCGCUCUUCCUGCAGCCUCGCAGGCACAGAGCCCGGUCCAGACACACUGUGGCACAAAGACAGCCGCCUCUGGGCCUGGAGAGGGACCACCAGGAGGAAGGAGGUGGGGAAGGAGUGGUGGAGGUCCACGAUGAAGCAACCAGACUGAUGUCUUCAGCAGCAGCGCCCCCUGCUGCCCAGACCAACGCAGAUUAGCGUCUGAGCAUAUCUGCUUUUACCGCUGUAUGCUAUCUUCCAUCAGACUGUUAAUACUAUUAACUUUUACUCAGCACCUUGACUGACUUAUUACUGAGACUGGUUUUAGCUAUUUAAUUAUCUUACCCCUACUGCUAGUACUUUUCUAAUAAUCUUUAAUAUAAUCCUAAAAUAACUUGCAUUGCAAACGUCAGUGAGUGUCACGACUUAGGUUUACACUGCAGUUAGAUGCUCUGCAUACUGUGGAGCCUUAAUUUUAAGGCUUUGAUUUGUAAAGACGGUGAGUUUGACCUGGGCCCAGUCAACUGAGAUCUUCCAAGGCCGACUAUAAAUCAGGCUGCGUGUCCAAGUGUUUGUGUCCUCCGACUGAGUCGCAGCUGAAAAUACCUGAGUGGGAGCAGAGCGGUUGUGUGUUUUAAUCACAAUGAGCAGAAUAUAGCACGUGAAAAAUGACAGUUUAUAAUUAUUUGAGAAAUUGUGAGGCCUUUUUAGCAGACUCUACUGCACAUUCAGAUAUACAACUCUGUUUCCCCAAAUACCAUUUACUUAAAAUAGUUCAGAAGUAAAAUGUUUAAGCUGAAAAAUGUUCUGAAAAAUGUGCAUAUUCUUGCAACAGCACAUUUCAUUUCAGAGGCAAAGGGCAUAUAUCAAAUUUUUGUCAACUUUUUCUUCUCAGGUUUGUUCAGGCUUGUAGCUCAGGAUACCUGUGUUAAAUUUACAAGUCCAAAGUAAAAAAUAAAUACAUAACAAAGUCAAAAGUAUUAUUGUAUCAUGCAAUGUCUGGCCAAGAUAAAAGCAAAAAUAGUAAAAAUUUCAGGCGUUCAAGUGGAGAUUAAUGUCCAUUUUUUCAUAAAGAAGAAAGACAGUUGUUUAAAUAAUGAGCUCGACAGUAAUUGUCUAAAACAUAGCAGAAGUGAAUGGAAACAGCUGAAAGUCUCACUUUUCUCCAAAGAAUCAGCACAUGUUUUACUUCUCUUGUAUCACUACAGUGACAUAAUUGUCAGCAGGCUAGUCUGGAGACUCUUUCUGCUGCUCCUCUCAAAUGUCUGGAGUUUUCUCUCAACAUAAAAACUCAUCUGAGUUUUAAAAUAAUCACUUCAAACUUCUCAGGGGUUGUUCAAAGGGCUGGUGAAAUGCUAACAUUAAAUCUGUCAUUAAUUUGGGUCAGACACUGGGGGAAAAAGAACUGCGGUUUCAGGUAAAUUUUUUUGCACCAGCAUAAGAUGGAUAAAAAGUAAAAACCACUGAAUUUCCAAUAUCUCUAUAGUAUUUCUGAAACAUGUCUAUAGUGUGCUAGACUUGCUUUAGGUAAAUUGAUUGUCUCUUGAGUUUUGCUUCUAAUUUUUCAUCCACAGACAAAUGAUCCUUUGGAGAAAACAAAAUUUUAGAAAACAAAAAGAAUCAGAUGUAGUUCCAACAAUGCAAACAUUAACACAUGCAAAAAAUUUACAUUUAAAAUAAGAAAAGCCACUCUUCCAUCCUUAAUAAUAUUUUUUUUGCUAUGGAAAAUACUCCAGUUUUCAAGAUUAAAAGCUGAACUUGUGCCUCAGUGUCUGUCUUGUUGAUCUUCAGGGUUUUUCUUUGGAUUGAAACUUUACAGAACAAGGCCACAUUCAGGUAGCACUCAGCUGUGACUUGUUGGACCAUGAGAUUUGGGUCAGGUUUCCCCUUCGCCAUGUUGCCAUGGUAACCCAAACUCAGAGGUGCCCACCAAGGUAUGACUAUAGAGGGCCACCGCGAUAAGCUUACUGACUUUAUUUGGUCAGACAGUUUUAUGCAUCACAUAUUUUAUAAAUAUGAAUUUCAAAAAAAAGGUACUUAUAAGCAUGACGCUGUCAUGCAUGACAUAACAUCUGUCAUAAACAAGGAGUAUUCAUGAAUGUUUGUGAAUGUUGUCAUUUGGUAAAUAUUGUCACUUUUAAUGCAAAGUAUUUUAAUGAACUUUUAAUGCAAAUUUUAAUAGAACUUUGCAUUAAAAUGUCAUUAAAAAGUCCAUUACACUUUUAAUGGACUUUUAAUGCAACUUUUAGUGCAACUUUGCCUUAAAAGUGUCAUUAAUUACCGAAUGACACUUCCUGACAACAGUUGUAAACAUUCGUAAAGACUUUUUCAUAUUCAUGACAGGUUUUAUGUCAUGUAUAUGACAGUGCCAUGUAACACUUCAAAUAAAGGGUUCUGAUUUCCAUUUGAUCCAGUCAAAUAAGACCAAUCCUAUGACUAUGACCAAUAAUCUAACAAAAAAAAAGUCUGCGCGACCUUUGUUUAUAUGACUCCAUUGUUCAUUGAAUUCAUAGAAACAAACUGCGCUGCAGUGGACAUGAACAGAACCACUUUAAAUCGUUAACUGAACCAAACGGCGAUGGGGCGAAGUGACCAGCACCCAGUCUUCCUCAGGUGUGGCUUGUCUGCUGAACUGCGACUUCAUUUGUUGUUGUUGUGUUGGACUUUCUUUUGACCUCAGGAGAACAAACAAACAAAAGAGUUUUGUCUUUAAGGAGUCUGUACAUUUUAAAGGCUGGUUUACUCGUUUGUGUCUCUUUACUGUUAGAAAUCUUCACAAAGACAGUACAUAUCCAGGAGGACAGGAGUCGUCUCUGUCUGGAAAUGAGGAGGUGGUCACCUCUGGUGUUACACCACUAAAAUAUAAAUUCAAUUAAAACUUUUUCUUUUUAUGUCUUUUAGGAUUUUUUUUUUCUGCUGACUGUAAGAAGGCAAUCUUUAAAAAGUAACUCCUCCGUAGUUGCAGCCUUAUAGCAGAGGAUUUGUAAACGACAAAACAAGCAGGGCAGGGUGGAAACUAGACAUUUCUUCUCUCAGUUUGGGAUUUAUAAAUAUAUAUCAUUUUACUGUGUGUAAUUCUCAGUGUUAUGCUCUGAAUUUUCUGUAUUAUUAACGUCAAACGUGAUUUUGCUGCUGUCCUGAUUUGUUUACUUCCUAAUCUCCAAGUUAAAUGUUUAGCACUACGUUUCACACAUAUACAACAUGUUAAUAGAUGAUUAAUUAUUUGUAUUUAUAUUUAAGGUUACAUAUUCUAAAACGAGCUAAAAAGGAAUUACCUUUAUAUUUUGUAAUAAUCUAACCUUCUGAGUUUGGUUUGUAAUUUUGUCUGAUAGAUUUGUUCUUUUGCUUCCACUCCUUAAGCAAAUAGGAAUAUUAUUAUGUUUCAUUAUGGACUGUCUUAGUUAAAAUGAAUUAUUUUGCUAAAUAUCUUAACCCAUCUUCUGGUUGUUAUUUUGUUUUUUCCAAGACAGCUGUUGCACUGAAAAUAGAAUAUGCGGACGUUAGACUUUUAGACGCUCUUACUGCAACAUUUUUCUUCUACAUCUUCUAGUUUGGCACAAAUUGAUCUCAACACACUUUAAAAUCUAGGAUUUUUCUUUUAAUAUUCCAGGUGCAGUGACUCAUCCAAACCUGGAUUGAUCAUUUCCAACUUUUUACAACAUAUUAAGAGAAAUCUCAGCUGACAGAAGAAUACAAAUCAUAAUUAUUGAUAGAUUUACUCUAAGCAGCAAUGCCUCUAUACUUUCUCAUUGUUUAGGUCUCAAAUAGAUUCUUCUGGACUGUAUUUAUUUACCUCCAUCAAGCCACUUCUUGGACAUGUUUUCCUGUUUAUUUCUAGCAAUAAUGCUGUGUGGGACUCGACAUGGGAUGAAGAAAGGCGUCCCUUAAGGUUCUUGUCCUGGUUUGGCCUGUGGCUGAGCAUGAGAUACUGAUUACCGCAUAUACUGUGCAUAUACAGUGAAACUGUACCAAAAAUGGAAUAAAAUGGGGGACUGCUGAGUGUGCCAAUUACUUUGUUGUUGAAAGUUAGUCUGAGGCAAUUAAAAAGAAAUUUUGCAAGUGUA